GUAGACUUCCUCAACUUCGCCAAUCGCUCGAAGCCAUUCGACAUUCUAGAAACGCUCAACGCGAAACGACCAUUAGGAUUUCCCAAUUCGUAAUUCAAAAUCCUACGCGGUAGGCUGGUUGGUCGAUGGGUCAAAUUCGAUUUUAGUAGUCGUCUUCCUUAAGCGAAACAUCUGACGGUUGAACCUUCACACGGAACAUCGCAUGUUGCCUCUCGCUUUGUCCUCAUAGAUAAGGUAUCCCACCACCGCCAACUUCCUACAAGUCAAUAACUGGCAAUACCUGAUAAAUGAUGGAAGCUACAUUCACUAUUAUUUAUUGAGUCGCUUUGUCUACUACUUUUCCAUCCGUCUAUCACUAAUUUCAUUCUUUUUACAUUUUCCUAUCUUCCACAUCCCCAUAUUCUCAAUUUCUCAUAUUAUCGUAAUCGAACAAUCCCAACAACACUUCUUCUACCUACCUUUUGCGCCUAUUCGCCCAGCAUCUUCCGUCAUCAUGGAUAUGGUACAGACCCUAGUGCGCUCUGUCGUACGCGCUUUCUAUACCAAUCCCGAGGAUCGGAGAAUGAUUAUUAUCAUUGAUGCAUUGGUCCGCCAUACAACUUUGCGCGACGACGACUUGUCUUACUUAGUCCACCUCAACGGGAAAGAUUUGCACAGGGUUUGCGGCAAGCUAAAGGAAGAUCACUUAUUGCAGAUCCAUAUGAGACCUGAGCUCGAAAAGGACAAAGAUAAACCACGAAAUCGCACAUACUAUUACAUCGAUUAUCGCCAGGCCAUCGAUGCGAUCAAGUAUAGAACUUUCCUACUCGAUAAGAAAGUCCAAGGCGAAUCUACCCCCCAGCAGGAGAAGAAGGAAUACUUUUGUCCCCUUUGCAAGGCCGAAUGGACUAUGCUUGAUGUUGUUGACAAUAACGAUCCUGUCCGAGGUUUUCUAUGUCACCGCUGCAACACAGUCCUGGUUUUUGACCCCGAUCGCGAGGCUGGUGGCCACGAACUCUCUACUCGACUAAACAGUCAGAUUAAAUUCAUCAUCGAAGUCCUACCGAAGCUCGAUACCGUCACUAUUCCCGACGCCGACUUUGAGACUUUAUAUUCUCAAGCCGCCCCUGUCUACCGCGAUGAAGCCAACAGGGUCGCUCCUUCGAUCGCCGUCGAAUCUCUCGGGAAACCAACCGCUGUCAAGGGUAUGGCGAAUACUGGUCCACAGAGUAUUGCGAUUAGCAUUACGGACACGGAUGGUCCUACCGAAGCCGAGAAGGAAGCUGAACGCGCCCGUAAAGAGGAGGUUGCUCAGAUGAACGCGUUGCCGGAGUGGCAUACCCGAAGCACCGUCUCUGGUCUAUCAUUUGCCGGAGGUUCCAACUCGACCUCAGCAGUUAAGACGGACGACGACAGCGUUAAAAUGCCGGACGAGUCGGUCGGCGACGCUAACCACGAUAAAGCUAUGGAGGAGCUAUUCAAGACGUUACAGAAGUCUCAAGCUGAGGAAGCAAGGCGUAAAGCUGAGAAAGAAGCCGAGGAAGACGAUGAGGACGGCGAGGAAGAUGAGGAGAGUGAGGAUGAAGAGUUCGUGGAAAUCUCUACGAAUAUCAGCUCUACCGGCGAGAAACGCCUCGCGUCGAGCGGUCCCACUAGCGCCGCAGAUACACCCGCCUCAGAAGAUAGGCCUUCGAAGAAGGUCAAGCUGGCGGAGCCAACUCACGGCGGCGAAAGCGAGGAUGACGAUGAGAUGCAAUUCGAGGACGUCUAAGCAAAACUAAUCAAAUUUUAUGUGUGUUGGGUUUGCGGGCAUUAGGGUAAAAGGAAGGGGGGCACGAGAAGCAUAUAGGAGUGCUUCCUUGCGAUUACGAUACCCUAAGUAUAUAUGUAUAGGAAGGCAUAGCGUAUAAGGUAUUUAUUGUCUUUUUGAUUUGGGGGUUUUUAAUCCCUGCUAGAUAUAUGCAUGGGCGAGGCGUCCAAAAAUGGAUAGCAAACAAUUACAUUUGGAUUUCUAGAAU